AUGUUUCCUUCGUCUAACAGGGUCAAACUCAACCGAGUCGCGUUAAAAGACGUAAACCUGGUGCCGCGACGGAGAACACUCCCCAAAACGGUGACCAGAGUCACAGCUGACUCCAAAAAGCACGACUCCACGUCUGAGCUUGUGUCAGAGAAAGAUACUGCCUCGUUUCCUAGCAGCAGCAAACCGGGCCGUGUUUUUCUAACCCCCCGAAUGGGCCUGGAAAGUGCGACAGGUGCGGCCAGUGACACCUGUGAGGCAGAGCCGGAGGAGAGCUACGCAGACACGCACGUAGUACAGAGAAGAAGUUAUCUCCCGCCAUGCAGAGGAGAUGACAUGGAGGUUAAACAGGACGAACCGACCACUAGAGGCAAGUAUCACCAGAGCAAACCCAACACCAGGAGCCGACCGGAGCGGCUCAGAAAGCUCCGCAGUCUCAGGAUGACGUGUGUCGUUUGCGCUGAUUCAAACCGCGCUUUGCUCGAAGAAGUCUACCGCGGAGUUGCACAGUCCAAGGCUAGAAGAAAACAUAAGCGUACACUAGGGCUUAUUAAUCGUACCACUGGUUUGACCCACGUCUCCCAAAGUGUCAGGGCCAGUUGUAGAGAGGGACAGAGCUCAGCCGACCCCGCUGCGUGUGAUCCUGGACUAGUACGAACCGGACCAGCGUCAGUCCCCAGCAGGCUAUCAAACUCCAAUAGAGAUUCAGACCCAGAAGUGUAUUUGAAAAGAUCUGUUGGAGUCUCCCAUAGUGAUCUCUGUGGGGACUUCAACAGCAUUUUUCCUCGUUUGAAGACAGCGGAUAAGCAAAGGCUGAAAAGCUCUAACUCUGGAUCAGACCCAUCUGCAGCUGAGUUUAGCAUUAAGAAAGAAAAAACAGCCACCAAGGCCUCUAAGAACGUUAUUGUAUGGAUAAACCAGUAUCCAAAAGUGACUCUUUGUGACAUAGCCAAAAAAUGUGAUGUUGGCUACUAUGACUGUGGCUAUAUGUUACCAGAUUUUCUCAAGACCAACGUUGUGCAUUGCUUCAAACAAGACAUGAGAGAUGGUUUUCGGUGUGGACUGGGUUGCUUAGGAGAUGGCAAAUACAAAAGUGGAGAAAGUUCUCUAGUUGAAAAUAGUGUGUGUUGUCCACACUGUGAAAAGAGCAUCUGUCAGUGUCAAAGUCUGACUGAACACCGGAAACACUCGGACGACGGUACAGAUGCACAGACAUUAUCCAGUCAUAUUGCAUGUCACUUCCAUGAGAGUUUGACAAGGGAAGACUGUGCAACUCGUUCUGCUUCUGUCUUAGUAGGUAAACAGACAAACGAGGGGGUGUGCAGGACUAUCAUGUGGGACAGAGGUGCUGAGGAGGACCGUGGGUCCAGGUGUGACCUGAGAGGAGCACAGAUAGUCAGAGACAAAAGAAGAAAGCUUGGAAACAGUGUUGGCUGUAGCAGCACCUUUGGCUCCGAUAACUCUAUGACCAAGAAACCUUGUGGCCAGAGAGGCACUAACAGAAAAAACGAUGGACCACAGGUGGCAUCAGAACUGUUCUGUCAUGAGAAUGAGGCGGACACGGACGAACCAGAGUCAUUCACUUGCCAGAGAGUGAGACCCUAUGUCAAGAAAAUACAUUUUUCAUGUGCACGCACAUACAUGUCGUGGCCCUUCUCAAACAGUGGCCUGACUCUUACAACACAUACUGCCACCAUAGCCUGUUCAACACAGUCUAUUGAUCCAUCAGCAAGAGAGAACAGUGACUCUGUAACAGUGAAUCAAAAUCAGCCGGGUUCAUCCAGCAACCAAGUCCAGGACAUGCUCUCAAAUGCACCCACAGAGAAGCAAGAGGAGGACAGAGCAAGCAUUUUAGCAGAGGGAAAUUUGAAAAGAUACGUUAAUAUGUCUUCAUACUCAGACAGAAAACACACCAAGAUUUCACAGCAUUUAGUGCAGGCUGAAGAAUCACCAGCCAGUCUUCACUCAGAUACAACUUCAUUUUCCACCCCACGACAGCAUGGAAGAAAGCCCGGCACUGUCUCAGAGCCAUCUUUGCUACUUAAUGGACCAGAAAUCGACGGCCCCAUGUCUUCCCCUUCCCCCUCCACAUUUGGCCUGAGUGACUGGGAAUCUGCCACUACUCUGUCUCCCAUGUCAUCUCCAUUCACACCGGGUGGUUCAAGAAACCUCUCAGCCACACCAUCCUCCCUCCACCCUUCAUCCUUUCUUCUUAAGAAAGUCAAAGAUGUUGAUUUGGAAGCUGUAGAAAAAGCACUGUUGCACUGUGAAAAAACCCAAAUGGCUUCAUGUAUUUCUAUAUCCUCUGCUCCUGCACUCAACUCUGACUCCUGUCAUUCCUGUGAAUCCUCCCUCCUCCUCCCUCAAGACGAUGACAAGAGUGAUGAAGAACUUCUCGAAGGCAGGAGCCCACCAAUAUUGGAGCCAUAUUAUCAUACAAGCCCCUAUAAGCAGGAUCUUGUACUUGGUUGUGCUAAAGAGAGUUCACAAUUGCCUGACAAUCUUAAGGAAUAUUGUGCUGAGUUUGACUCAAAUGAGUUUAUGCUUCCACCAGUGCUGUCUCCUAUCACUUCACCACAAGGGUCCUUCUGGAGGAGAAGCUUCUCGCAACAAAGCUCAGUCUGUUCGGAUGCAGAAAAGGAGGACAUGCCACAAAUUGUUAAUGGAAAUAUUGAAAGCUCCAAGGAUUAUCUUGAACACAGUACUGAAGGAUUGGAAGGAGUCACAGCAAGCUUCAAAACUCUUACUGACAGUACUCCAAGGGAAUCUCAGUCUUCUCCCUGCAGUAACGACAGUGUGGAUGAUAGCAGUGAAAAUGGGGUUGAUGGCAAUGAAGAUGUGUUUGACAAUAAAGAAGAGGAAAGCCAAGAUGAAACUGAUUACGAAGAUAAUGAGGAACUGGGUAACAGAAGUUCUGAACAAGUUGCCAUAGAUCCUCAAGAAAAGGCAGCCCUCCGCUUAGGUUUUCUGCCAGACCCCUGCUCUUCUCCCAGCAGCGAAGAGGUUAACAGUGCAGGUUUCAGUAAUGAGGGACGGCAGCAUCCAGGGAGCGAAAAUGGAUCAAGUUCCUCUGAAAUAGCAGCCAGUGAAAGGGAAAAAACUAAAGCAGAGGCAGCUGGUGAUUGUCAGCCCAGCAUUUUGGAUGAGUUCACAGCUUAUGAACAGGAUAUCCUGCUUGUCGAUGUGAUCCAGGAUGACCCAGCGCUGUUUGACAACCUGCCCAAGCAAAGUUUACUGAAACUGGGUCCUAGCAGAGUUACUGAAGCCCCUAAAAGAACACCUCCUGCAGUGGUUAAAAUCCUGUCGUCAAGGAUGGGUGGAGCAUCACCAGAGUUAAAACAAAGAUUGGCACCAGUUAUUGGAGAUUUUCACUGCAACAGUCCUGAUAUCAAAGAGGAGCAUGUCAGCAGGCCAUGGAGACCCCAGUGCAGCACCAACCCUACAGAAACCCAAAAUAACACAUGUCCUGCCACAUACAAGCAAACCAAAAAUGUGGGUCAGUCUGAUGCCAACAGCAAUUAUGUAAAUGGUGGCCUGGAAAGGAGCCAACCCAUCCAGACAGUGAGCUCCUCUCACACUCUCCAGCUCAUCCCCCCACUUAUGAGCAUAGGAACUGGGUCAUGGAUGACACCUUCAACAAACAUCACAGAUUUUAUUCGCAAGAAAUCAAAUUCAUACUGCAGACACUACUUCAGUGAAUCGCUGUCCUGUGGGUUCAAGUUGUGUCGCUUCCAACAUCUGCCUGUGGAGGGGGAUGAGAAGUUCUGUGUUGAUACUGUGGCAAGGUUUGUGAAAAAUCCAGUGUGUCUCCAUAAAGCAGGAGCUGUGUUUACAGGAUACUACCAGAACAACCCACCAGGAGUGUAUUUCUCCAUGCCGGUGUUUCUAACCCUUCUUUGGGCUCUGCUCAAAGCUUGCAUGGUUUCUGAUGUCUUCUCAGUCCUCAGAGUCAGCCUGGCUCACAACAUAGUGCCCGACUAUGAGUUCCUGCUGGCCCUUUUUAACUUAGUAAGAGAACGGGGUCUCAUGGGUUCUGUACCUGAGCUCAUGCAGCUCACAUUCAAGAUGGCCAGCACUGGUCUCGAGCUGAGUCUAGAUUGUCUGGACUGUAUAAAAAACGCCCCUGUGCUCCAGCAGUCACUUCAUCCAGACUCACCUGUUUCAGCUUCUGGCAACCACAAGUUAUCCAACAGUGCCCCCCUUCUGGAGUCCCUGAAUUUAGCCCACGCCAUUGUGGAAAUAGAACUUUGUGCCAAGCAAGAAGACUGGAAGCGGAUGGGCGAGGCUUUCAGGUACAUCUGCCAGUCCAGCCAACACUCAAGCCAACUGGAGCGGAUCAGUGGUCGCAUUGCCAUCGCACUCCUGUCUGAGAGCAAAGACAAGCUGUCACUGCCCUUUGCUACCUUUGCUGAGACCGUGUGUCAGAAUGAAACUGAGGGCGUCCUGCUAAAGACGUUUGUAGGCAGAAUUGGAGUCUCUCUGAUGUUAAGAUAUCACAAAACACAGCAGUGGGCCAAGGGUCGUAAGGUGGUGGAAAUGCUGUCCAUGUCAAAAGUCGACUAUGCUACGCUGAAGGGUUUGUUUGGGAAUGAGGAUGGAACAUCACGCUGCUGCCUGCUCACUGUGGCUACAGAGCUCUUCCUCCUGACUGGCAGUGUGGAGGGAGCUCUACACACACUUCGAGAAAACAACUGGUUCCUGAGUUCAUGCUCUUGGCCGUGCGUGCCUGCUGACCUGGAAGGUAGGACUCGUGUGUUGAUACGUUUGGCUGAGAAAACCUCUCACAGAGACACACUGGAGGUGCUCUGCAAUCUCCCUGGAAUUAAAGAGUCAAAUGACUUGAUAGAUAUCUCCAGGUACAGUCCUUUGUUUAACUCUCACCUGCAAGUGUGUGUGGACAGACAGAUACUUCCUGUAGCUUCAGACACGGUGGACUUCAUGCUCUCUAAAAACCUGGCUGUCAACCACACCGUGCUGCAGACACUUUUACACAAACUGGGCAAACAAAACCUCUGGCUCCGAGCACGAGAAGUCUUCAGACACUCUUUGAGCGUGGGGUACUACCCUGGGGUAUCUGCUCCCCCUGGUUUGCUGUCACUUAUCGUCCCCUCUGGGCUGGGAGAGGUGGAGCUGGCUCUCACCUUUGAGAUGUUCAUCACUGUAAAUGCAAACGUCAUUCUCAAACUUCCAGAAAACACUGCUUCUUCUCUCAGCAUCACUCUCAAGAGGACUCAAAGCUGUGAGAGCGAGUACCUCUCUGCUGGCAGCUGCCUCCUCUCUGCAGCUUGUAUCCCUCAGCCCAAACUAAUUGUCCAUUACAUAGCAGUUAAUUCCUCACAAGAGCAAGUGUUCACAAUUGACAUUUCCUCUGCUCGGCGCUGGCUCCGCCACAAUCAUCUGUGGGCCAACGAAGUAUGGACGAACGUUUGUGUCCCUGAUGCCCCUUCUACUACUUAACUUUUUGCUUUGCUUAUGUUCAGCGUCAGCUCAGUAUCACUUGACUUAGAUAAAACAACCAAUGAAAUAUUGAACGCAAAUGCAUUUCUGUUGGCUCGUGUGAAUUUAGCCUUUGACUAAGAAGCAGAAAAUACGAACCGAAGACUGACACCAUAACUUUACACUUUGUUUUAUGUUCAAAUAUGUUUUAAGAUAUGUCAAGAGGUUAUUUCUUCAAUCUAGUUUGUCAUUGUUUGUGUGAUUUCUCUAUUUGAAACCAGAAGUCUUUUUGGAUAAAAAUCCUGCAUCAUUUUGUGGGGUUGUUUACAAGAUCGUGUUUACAUAAUUGUAAAUAAAAUGAGUGUAAAUAGGUAUAUAUUUAGUGUUUGGUCAGCUAAGUGUUGGUCUUUGACAGUAAUAUGUUACUGUAUCAUAUUAAUUAUUUUCAAAAUCUUAAUUGUUGCCAGUUAAAGAGCUGUGAUUUCCAUUUUCUUUGUAUAAAGUUUUUAUAUAUAUAAAGAAAAAACU